GAGGGAUUGGGUAGAAAUUAAAAAUAUAUAUUAAUUGGCCUUUUAUAUAUUAAAUACUGAAAGUGUGCUGGUAUGUGCGUUCUUAACAAUCGGACAAGCUAGUGAGGAAAACCCUGGAAGACAAAAUCAUUGUCAGAUCUGGCAGAUUUGGGAGUGCCAAAGGGAAGGGCUACGAUGCUGUGCUGGGGUAAUGCUUCCUACGGACAGUUAGGCCUGGGUGGGAUUGACGAAGAGAUUGUGGUUGAGCCACGAAAAUGUGAAUUCUUUCACGGGAAGCAAGUGUGCGAUGUGGGGUGUGGCCACAGACACACAGCCUUCCUGCUGGAGGAUGGGACAGUAUACACCUGUGGCUGCAAUGACCUAGGACAGCUGGGACAUGAGAAGUCCAGAAAGAAACCAGAACAGGUUGUGGCCCUGGAUGCACAGAUCAUACUGGCGGUGUCAUGUGGAGAGUCCCAUACGCUCGCCCUGAAUGACAAAGGGAUGGUUUUCUCAUGGGGUCAGGGCUCAGAUGGGCAGUUGGGCCUUAAUAACUUUGAAGAAUGUGUUCGUGUGCCUAGAAACAUCAAGAGUUUGUCAGAUGUACAAAUUGCUCAGGUAGCCUGUGGAUAUUGGCACUCCCAUGCACUUUCAAGAGGGGGCCAAGUCUUCUCUUGGGGCCAGAAUCGAUAUGGACAACUUGGGCUAGGAAUAAACGGACAGAGCAUUCCCACGCCCCAAAUCAUUCAGUCUCUGCAGGGCAUUCCUUUUGCCCAGAUAUCGGCAGGCGGUGCUCACAGCUUUGCCCUCACUCUCUCAGGAGCAGUGUUUGGUUGGGGUUGCAAUAAGUUUGGUCAGCUGGGUCUCAAUGACAGCAAUGAUCGGUCUUUCCCAGCCCUGCUGAAGUCUCUUAGAUCGCAGAGAGUGAUUUACAUCUCCUGUGGAGAAGAUCACACAGCAGCACUGACCAAGGAAGGAGGUGUGUUUACAUUUGGAGCAGGAGGAUACGGGCAACUCGGACAUAACUCUGCAAACCAUGAGAUCAACCCUAGGAAAGUGUUUGAGCUCAUGGGAAAUGUAGUCACACAGAUUGCAUGUGGAAGGCAGCACACGAUUGCUUUCACACCCUCCCGUGAGAAGAUGGACUCAUUUGGGCUCGGUGGUAACGGGCAGCUUGGGACUCGCUCCACUUGCAACAGAAAAAGCCCCGCCCCCGUCAAAGGCCCCUGGGUUUCCUGCAAUUCUCCAACAGAUACAGACUCGGAGCAGGGCUGUUUUGUCAAGAGGAUUUAUGCCGGAGGAGACCAGAGCUUUGCUCACUAUUGCACUGCCAAUAAACUCCAGAACAUAGACGACGUGAGGAUACAAGAUCCCUACAGAAAGAUCUGCACCUUGAAUGAGGAUAUUAUACACAAGUGGUGCAACCACUCCCCAGGAAGACUGCCACAAGAAAUCUCCAAUGAGAUUGACCUCGUGUUCUCCUCAGCAAGCUGCCUCAAUGGAUCCUUUCUGUCAAUGAGUCAUCCAGAUCACUACAGUACCAGCAGUAAAUGUUCAGGGGUGGAUAUGAACCAGGCUCGCCUCCUGUUUCACAGACUGGUCCAACAAGAUCACCCUGAGAUCGCUCAGCAGAUUGCUGCCAGUCUGGAGAAGAACCUAAUUCCCAGACUAAGCAACUCUCCUCCAGACAUUGAAGCCCUGAGACUCUACCUCACUCUCCCCGAAUGCCCUCUCUUCAGUGACCGAAAUAAUUACGUGACCAUCGCUAUCCCGUUUGCCAAAUCACUCCUCAGUCUGAAAGAGGCUCCACUGAAGGUGCUAGGAAACUGGUGGUCUACGUUUGAGCCCCGAGUCUUCCAGCGGCUGGUCGAGUUGUACAAGGGAGUGGUGGUGUAUCUGCUUCAGAUGCACAAGAUGGGCAUUCCUUCGGUAGAGCAGAGAAUUUUCACCUGUUUCCUGGACACGUCCCUCCGACUCCUGGAGAUCCUGCACAUGGUGAGUGAGAGAGCAGGACACAUCAUUCAGUACGAUAAAUUCUACAUCCAUGAGUUGGAUGACCUGAUAGACAUCCGAAAUGACUACGUCACAUGGAUUCAGAGGCAGAUGUACCCAAUGGGUCCUGAUGGUGGGGUCACUCUGUGCAGGUAUCCCUUUGUGUUUGACGCCCAAGCGAAGACCACACUGCUUCACACUGAUGCUGUCAUACAGAUGCAGAUGGCAGUGGACCAGGCACAGAUGCAAAACUUCAGCUCCAUGUUCAUGCCAGCGGUGGAAUCUGUCAACCCGUGCCUCAUCCUCAUCGUCCGGAGGGAAAACAUUGUUGGAGACACCAUGGAAGUCCUCAGGAAGUCCAAGAACGUUGACUACAAGAAACCACUCAAGGUAAAAGCUGUCGGAGAAGAGGCCGUUGAUGCAGGAGGCGUGAGAAAGGAGUUCUUCCUCCUGAUCAUGAAAGAGCUGCUGGAUCCAAAAUAUGGGAUGUUUCGUUACUACGAGGAGUCCAGGCUCAUCUGGUUUUCAAACAAGACUUUUGAGGACAUCGACUUGUUUAACCUGAUCGGGAUCAUCUGCGGCCUGGCCAUCUACAACCUCACUAUAGUGGAGCUCAACUUCCCUGUGGCGCUUUACAAGAAGCUCCUGAAGAGGAAGCCGACACUGGAUGACCUGAAAGAGCUAAUGCCAGAUGUGGGAAGGAGUCUGCAGCAGUUACUGGACUACACAGAAGAUGACUUGGAGGAAGCCUUCUGCUUGAACUUCACAAUCACAGAGGAAAACUAUGGUGCCACAGAGGUCUUGGAACUGGUACCGAAUGGCGAAGACAUCAAUGUCAAUCAGUCAAACAGGCAAGACUUCGUCAAUGCAUACGUGGACUACGUGUUCAACACAUCAGUGGCCCCGCUGUUUGAGUGCUUCUACGCAGGCUUCCACAAGGUGUGCGGUGGGAAGGUUCUAGAGCUGUUCCAGCCAAAUGAGCUGCAAGCCAUGGUCAUUGGCAACACCAACUAUGACUGGACGGAGCUCGAAAAGAGCACUGAAUACAAAGGGGAGUACUGGGCGGACCAUCCCACCAUCAGGCUCUUCUGGGAGGUGUUCCACAAUCUUCCUUUAGAGAAGAAAAAACAGUUUCUCUUGUUCCUCACAGGAAGUGACCGCAUACCCAUUUUGGGCAUGAAAAGCCUGAAGCUGGUGAUCCAGCCAACCGGUGGCGGGGAGCAUUACUUACCUGUGGCCCACACCUGCUUCAACCUGCUGGACCUGCCCAAGUACAGGAGUCUGGAAACCCUCCGGGAGAAGCUUCUACAGGCUAUAGAUCACAACCAAGGCUUUAAUCUGGCCUGAUGGUCCACAGAAAUGCCUAGACUGUUGACGGCAACCACAUUACCAAAUGUUUUGUUUCACAGUCUGGAUUCUGCUGUAAGAACUGAACACUGGGUGAAAAAAAAACGAGAAGGCCACAUGGCACUAGAACUGAUUAAGAGUUGGAUGUCUAAACUUACGUCGGUAAUCUUGACUUUAAUUUUCCAGCUCAUUUUUUUUUUUUCAGCUUUUUGCCCCUCACAGUAUUUGCUCUAUUACAAGUCAAAUCACAUUUGAUAUGGCUCUUGUAGAUGAUUUUCUUUGUUUGGAUAGGAGGAGUAUGAUGAUGCAAACUACUGGUAUAUGCAGGGAAUGCAUACAGCAACGAGAAUACCUGUAAAAUUCAAUGAAAUGCAGUAGCACUACCUUUCUGAAGCUUAUAAUGUAAUGUUAUGGGGAGAUUUUUCUGUUAUGUCUAGCUAUACUGGUGGUGGGGAUAUACACACAGUGGCCUCAAAAUGGACCAGAUUUAAAUCAAAACCUUUCAGACAGGGUCUUAACAAAAAUGCCACAUUUUAAGCUCCAUUGUGGUGGUGAUGUGGUAGUAGUUGCUGCAUGGCUACUGCAGUGAAUCAUAUUGUAUUUUACAGGACAUACUGAUGUUGUGUCCAUACCCUGUGCAUGAAGUGUCUGAACCCAGACAAUGUAAACUAACUCUUUAUUUCACAUGAGUAUGUUGUGAGAUUUGUUUCAGAGCAGUUUGCUUUAGAUCCAGAGUGGAUUUUCUUCGGCUGUCAGCCUUAAAACAAUCCACGAAUAAAAAAAGUACAGCCACUGAAA